AUGGCAUUGUGUGAUAAAGAUUCUAUGAAGAAGGCAAUAAUGUUUAUUCUCCCAAGCUUAUCUAGUGAAACAUUAGAACUUAUUAUAAACCGAUUAAUCGAUGAUGUAGGUGUACAAAAUAUUGGUGAUUUUGUGUUUGUUACUGAAGAAGACUUUGGUACAUUUUUAAAGCCUAUUCAAAUAAGGAAGCUUCUUGCAGCAUGGAAAGAAGAAAAAAAUCCUACUAUUGCAAGUUUUCCUCAGAUUCAUGCUUUGGUUCCGGUUUCAAUCCAACCUACAAUUACAAAUGUUCCUACAUCUGAAUCUUCCAGUGUUAUUAUAGACAAUUGGGCUGAUAUUUUUAAAGUUCCCUGGGAAAAGCUGCCAGCUGUAAUCAUGGAUUUACUCCACAAAAAUGCUCCUCUUUUGCCAAAACAGAAAAGUACAAUGAUCAGGGUCAUUUGUGACCAUAUUAUAAAAAUUACAAGAAAACCAGGUCGUAAAAAUUUGGAGAAAAUUGCAUUUCAAAUAGUUAAAAAAUAUCCCAUUUCUCUUGAGGAUAAGUUUGAAAACCAGAGAGUAGGAACGGGAAGCAGCUUUAUUGUGAAAAAACUAGAGGCUCGUGUUAAAAAUGUUAAUAGGCUACAAGCUCCAAAUCCAUUAAAACGAAACUUUGCUGCUGAAAGUUAUGCAAUGGAUAAAGAACCAAAAAAAGCAAAAGUCAAGCCAAAAGAUUCUUAUGGAUGCGUUGAUUGGCUGCCAAGACUUGAUGGAAAUGAAAAUGAAAAAAGUCAGGACAAGCAUAUUGGGUGGCUGCAAGAUCAUCACAAUUUGCCCUCUUCAUUGUGGAAUGUUUAUGAAAUAGAAACGCUACAUUAUUUAACUUAUCCUUCACAGCGUGCUGAUAUAGUCGGAUUAAAUGCACUGAAAAUAGUAUCGUUAUUGGCUAAAUGGCCAUUUUUAUUUAAAGCCAAUUGGUUUUUACAUCAUUUUAAAACAUUGACUGGUGUUGACAUAGAGCAUGCAAAUGUUGAUGAUAUUGAAAAGGACAUUACUCUUCCACUUUCUCCUUGUAUUGUUUUUGCUGGAAUUUUUUUUGCCCAUAUAGGAACUUGCAUAUUCAAGUGUAAUAGUUUUUACUUGGUUGUUGAUCGGCAUGUUAUUAUAGAUAAUCUUGCAAAUCCUCUUUUGACAUUGGUUGUUCUUUUUGCUGCAUAUUAUGUGUUAAAUGUUGGCUAUCCAGUAGAGAUUGCUGCAACCCUUGAGUUUUUGCAGAGAUGUAUCGUAAAAAUGAACCCUGAAAAAGGAAACAAAAUCGAAAAGAACAUUGGUAAAAAACAGUAUGUCGGACCUCACCCUAAAGUUAUAAGUUUUGUUAACGAACUGGGGCUGUUUGAAUGGACAGAGCAGCAAUAGACGAAAAUA